UUAGAUACAUUCAUCAUGUUGCAAAAAGUAGAAAACCAAAAGUAGAAUAGUAGAAUGGGAAUAUGGGAGGUUUAGCUAAGACUUAAAAUGUGAAUAUAACAGACAGUAUAUUUUUUCCUACUUGUAUAAGCAUUCUUCACAUGGAAGCGCAGUACUUCAAAGUAUAUACCCAUAAAUGCAAGCUGUCUAACUCUACAAGCAAAGGGUAUUUUCAGAAAGGUAAAACACUUCCAUUAGAAACUAAAACAAGACCCAUCCCUAAUUAUGGUUGAUCAACAUUGCUUUUUUUAUUUAUUUAUUUUUUAUUGUCAUUAUUAUUAUUAUUAUUAUUAUUUUAAUCCCUUAUCUAACUUUUGUUUUAUUCAUGCAAUCUACAGUUUCAGUAACUGCAUUCAAAUUUCUAUAAAUACCCCUUCAGAGUCCUUUAAGUUGUACCACAAUCUAAUUCCAUUCUCUCUAUCUCUCCCAUACACACACAGAACAAGCUGGCUUUACAAACUCAAGAUAUGGCCAAUACAAGACAGAGCUCUUUUUCAUUUCUUGCACUUCUCAUCCUUCUCUUUACCUCAUCUUUAGCUACAGCAGCACAAUAUAAUGUUUUGAGUUAUGGGGCUAAACCUGAUGGCAGAACUGACUCAACCAAAGCCUUUCUUGCUGCAUGGACACAAGCUUGUGGCUCAACUAAGCCACCAACUAUCUAUGUGCCGUCAGGGAAAUUCUUUCUGAAAGAUUUGUCUUUUGGGGGUCCAUGCAAGAAUAAUGCAAUCUUGUUUCGUAUAGAUGGCACCCUUGUUGCUCCAUCAGAUUAUAAGGUUAUUGGUAAUGCUGGUUACUGGCUUUACUUUCAGCAUGUGAAUGGUGUUACUAUCUCGGGCGGAAUUCUUGAUGGACAAGGUUCUGGUUUAUGGGCUUGCAAAGCCUCUGGCAAGAAUUGCCCUAGUGGUGCCACGUCACUGGGAUUUUCCAACUCGAAGAAUAUUGCGAUUAAAGGAUUGACUUCACAAAAUAGCCAAAUGUUCCAUAUUGUCAUCAAUGGUUGCCAGAACGUGAAAGUGCAAGGGGUUACAGUUUCAGCCUCUGGCGACAGCCCUAACACCGACGGCAUUCAUGUACAACAAUCAGGCGGUGUAACGAUCUUAAACUCCAAGAUUAGAACUGGCGAUGAUUGCAUCUCAAUCGGUCCUGGUGCCACUAACUUGUGGAUUGAAAAUAUAGCAUGUGGUCCUGGCCACGGAAUCAGUAUUGGUAGUUUAGGAAAGGACCUUCAAGAGGCUGGUGUACAAAAUGUGACAGUUAAAACAGUUACAUUCACUGGUACUCAAAAUGGAGUGAGAAUUAAAUCUUGGGGAAGACCUAGUAGUGGGUUUGCAAGAAACAUACUUUUCCAACAUGCUAUCAUGACCAAUGUCCAGAAUCCAAUUGUGAUCGAUCAAAAUUAUUGCCCCGACAACAAAAAUUGCCCUGGUCAGGAGUCUGGUGUUAAGAUUAGCGGCGUCACGUACCAAGACAUCCAUGGAACAUCAGCAACAGAAGUAGCAGUGAAAUUUGACUGCAGCAAAAAGGAACCGUGCACUGGUAUCAAACUGGAAGAUGUGAAAUUGACAUACAAGAAUCAGCCAGCAGAUGCUUCUUGCAACAAUGCCGAUGGAACAGCUUCUGGUUUCGUUCAACCCAGUAGUUGUCUGUAGAUGGCAAGCAUAUAAAUAUAUAUAUAUAUAUAUAUAUAUAUAUAUAUAUAUAUAUAUAUAUAUAUAUAUAUAUAUAUAUAUAUAUAUAUGUAUAUGUACACACACACACAUUCAUAUUUGUUCAACCCAGUAAUUAAGAAUUAGAUUCAUAUUUAUGAAUCCCCUGAUAAAAAGAAAAGGGACGUGCUUGUAUUAUUGUGUUAAAGUAGUAGGUGAUCUUUUAGCAAGUCUAUUUGCUCGGGCCAGGGGCACCGCUAGCACAUAGUGAUUGCUUGGGGCCCGGCCUUGCGCCUACAUUAGAUAUGAUUUCUUAAUUUGGUAAAUAAUGAAUCUAUGUUGUUGUGUGAUUUUAGUUAA